AUGGCGAGCAAACCCGCACCAAGGGCGGCAUCUACUACUAGACCUGGUGCGUGCUCUCGAGGCAAGCCGGCGGGCUUCACGCCCGAGAGGUUUGAAAGGGAGCUUCAGGACUUGGCUGACAGGGCUCGGAGUGACACGUUCAGCAAUCGCCUCCUGGGCCAGCUCAACGUUUAUCUUCGCAUUGUGCUGCCUCUGGCCCUCCUUGGACUCUACUCCAACGUCUCUCAGCUCAACCUCUCGCCAGUCUACGGCUCCAUUCCCUCGUCAAUUUGGCACGCAAAGCUCGUCAUGGGGGGAUGCUUCCUGGGAUGGGCAGGCAACACGUUCCUCCGCGACUCAUUCUCCAUCACUCCCGCCAACGCCCUUCCCCUGGUCGCCGUCUGCAUUCCCGGGUUGCAGCAUUUCCUGGCUAGCUUCAGCCAGACAUUGGGCCCGAAAUGGGGUCCUGUGCUCACAGAGAGCCUUACGCUGUUACCGCUGGCGGUGUUCACAUCCGCCUCAAUAGCUGAUUCCUGGGAGGGGGCACGGCUGGGCAUGUUGCCAGGCUUUGUGGCUGACGCUGGCCCUGGCAUAGGCUCCUGGGCAUUGUUCAAGUUGUUCGAAAACCAAAUCGGCCUGCAUUUGCCCCGGAUCAUUGGCAGGCUCCUCGUGUUCACUAGGCUGGGCUUGGAGCUCGUCCUUGGGUUUGCGUACAUGGUCUUGGCGCCUUCCAAGUAUCUCAUUUACGCGGCGUUCCCAUGUCUUCACAGUCUCUUCCUGAACCCCCAUCUCCAGUCUCAAGCCGCCAGUCAGAGUCUGGCGAGCUCUUUGAUGACUGACAACUGGCUGUUGAUCGAAAGGCGCGAGUCGGUGACUGGCUACAUAUCAGUCCUACAGAGCAUACAGCAGGGCUUCAGGGUCAUGCGUUGUGAUCACAGUCUGCUGGGAGGCGAGUGGAUCAGUCAUGGCGGGGGAUUGGUAUCAGAGCCGGUCUAUGGCGUGUUCGCCAUGUUGGAGGCUGUUAGAUUGGUCGACUCGGCACCGCCCGUGGACGACAAGGACGCCCAAGCACUGGUGAUCGGACUCGGCGCGGGAACGACGCCUUCUGCACUUGUCUCUCAUGGCAUCAACACAACCGUCGUAGAAUUGGAUCCGGUUGUGUACGAGUUUGCGUCAAAGUACUUUGGCUUGAAGGAAAACAACCCGCCCAUCUUGCAGGACGCCGUCAGCUACACGGCCGAGCUGGCCAAGACGGCACCUUCGACAUAUGACUACAUCGUUCACGACGUGUUCACCGGAGGGGCCGAGCCCAUUGACCUCUUCACCCUCGAGUUCUUCCAGGGCCUGCACGCACUGCUAAAGCCCCAAGGCGUCACUGCCAUUAACUACGCAGGCGAUUUGACCCUUCCAUCGUCCAAAGUGAUCUACCGCACCAUCAAGCAAGUCUUCCCAACUUGUCGCAUCUUCCGCGAAAUGCCGCCAGACAUGGAGGCCGUGAAAACCACGGGCUUGGAUUUCACCAACAUGGUCAUCUUCUGCAAAAAGACGGACGACAGCCCGCUUAGCUUCCGACGCCCCACGGCCAAGGACUUCUUGCAGAGCCCAGCUAGAGAAGAGUUUCUGCCGUUGCCAAACGAGAUUCCUGAGACGGACAUGCUGUUAGGGGAGGACGAGGGCAUCCUGACAAGGAAUGAAACGUCAAAGCUGGCCAAGUGGCAUGAGACGAGCGCCAUCGGACACUGGUCGUUGAUGAGGCUUGCUAUUCCUGCCAUGGUAUGGGAGAGAUGGUGA